AUGGCUCCCCAACCGGAGGAGCACAAGAAAAAGGUCAACUUGACCGACGUCUCUGGCGCCGAGAUCAAGAACGAAGACGAUGUCGCGACCGCCAUUCUCAAGAAGAAGAAGAAGCCCAACCAGCUCAUGGUUACCGAUGCCGUCAAUGAUGACAACAGUAUCAUUGCCCUCUCCGAAAACACGAUGGAGGAGCUCCAGCUCUUCCGCGGUGACACAGUUCUCGUCCGCGGCAAGAAGAGAAAGGACACUGUCCUCAUCGUUCUCGCUGACGAGGACCUCGAUGACGGCAGUGCUCGCAUCAACCGUGUGGUUCGCCACAACCUCCGCGUCAAGCACGGUGACAUGAUUACCAUCUCGCCCUGCCCUGACAUCAAAUACGCCAAGCGAAUUGCUGUUCUCCCCAUUGCCGACACCGUCGAGGGCAUCACUGGCUCGCUCUUUGAUGUUUUCCUCGCCCCCUACUUCCGCGAAGCUUACCGCCCCGUCCGCCAGGGUGACCUCUUCAUUGUCCGUGGUGGUAUGCGACAAGUUGAGUUCAAAGUUGUCGAGGUCGACCCUCCCGAGUACGGCAUUGUCGCCCAAGAUACAGUCAUUCACUGCGAGGGUGACCCGAUCGAGCGCGAUGAGGAGGAGAACAACCUCAACGAGGUCGGCUACGACGACAUCGGUGGUUGCCGCAAGCAGAUGGCGCAAAUCCGUGAAAUGGUCGAGCUUCCCCUCCGCCAUCCCCAGCUUUUCAAGUCUAUUGGUAUCAAGCCUCCCCGUGGUGUCCUGCUCUAUGGUCCCCCCGGUACCGGUAAGACACUGAUGGCUCGUGCCGUCGCCAAUGAGACCGGUGCGUUCUUCUUUCUCAUCAAUGGUCCCGAAAUCAUGUCGAAGAUGGCUGGUGAAUCCGAGUCCAACCUGCGCAAGGCUUUCGAGGAGGCCGAGAAGAACUCCCCUGCUAUCAUUUUCAUCGAUGAAAUCGACUCGAUCGCUCCCAAGCGUGACAAGACAAACGGUGAGGUCGAGCGUCGUGUCGUGUCCCAGCUCCUCACCCUCAUGGACGGCAUGAAGGCCCGUUCCAACGUUGUUGUCAUGGCUGCGACCAACCGUCCCAACUCCAUCGACCCUGCUCUGCGUCGUUUCGGCCGUUUUGAUCGUGAGGUCGAUAUUGGCGUCCCCGACCCUACCGGCCGUCUCGAGAUUCUUCAAAUCCACACCAAGAACAUGAAGCUUGGUGACGACGUCGACCUGGAGCAGAUUGCUUCCGAGACCCACGGUUACGUCGGUUCUGAUGUGGCUGCUCUCUGCUCGGAGGCUGCCAUGCAGCAGAUUCGUGAAAAGAUGGACCUCAUCGACCUUGACGAGGACACCAUUGACGCCGAGGUUCUCGAUUCCCUGGGCGUCACGAUGGAGAACUUCCGCUUCGCUCUCGGCGUCUCCAACCCUUCCGCCCUUCGCGAGGUUGCUGUCGUCGAGGUCCCCAAUGUCCGCUGGGAGGAUAUUGGUGGUCUCGAGGCCGUCAAGCAGGAUCUUCGCGAACAGGUCCAGUACCCCGUCGACCACCCCGAAAAGUUCCUCAAGUUUGGUCUCUCGCCCUCCCGAGGUGUUUUGUUCUACGGUCCCCCUGGUACCGGUAAGACUAUGUUGGCUAAGGCUGUCGCCAAUGAGUGCGCCGCCAACUUCAUCUCGGUCAAGGGACCUGAACUGCUCAGCAUGUGGUUUGGCGAAUCGGAAAGCAACAUCCGUGACAUCUUUGACAAGGCUCGUGCUGCCGCUCCUUGUAUCGUCUUCCUUGAUGAGUUGGACUCUAUUGCCAAGGCUCGUGGUGGUUCUGUCGGCGAUGCUGGCGGUGCCUCGGACCGUGUUGUCAACCAGCUCCUCACUGAAAUGGACGGUAUGACUUCCAAGAAGAACGUCUUCGUCAUUGGUGCCACCAACAGACCUGAGCAGCUCGACCCUGCUCUGUGCCGUCCCGGCCGUCUCGACUCUCUCAUCUACGUUCCUCUGCCUGAUGAACUUGGUCGUCUGAGCAUUCUCCAGGCUCAGCUUCGUAAGUCUCCCGUCGCCCCCGACGUGGACCUUGGCUUCAUUGCAUCCAAGACGCACGGCUUCUCUGGUGCCGAUAUCAGCUUCAUUGCUCAGCGUGCAGCCAAGAUUGCCAUCAAGGAGUCGAUUGAUCACGACAUUGCCCGCACCAAGGAGCGCGAGGCCGCUGGUGACAUGGAUAUGGACGAGGACGAUGACGUCGAGGACCCUGUUCCUGUCCUCACCAGAGCCCACUUCGAGGAGGCCAUGUCACAGGCCCGCAGAUCCGUGGGCGAUGUUGAAAUCCGCCGCUACGAGGCAUUUGCUCAGCAGAUGAAGAAUGCCGGCCCGGGUGCCUUCUUCAAGUUCCCCGAGGGUGACCAACCCCAGGGUGCCGGAGGCGACUCGUUUGGCGACGCCGGCAACGAUGACGGCCUGUAUGACUAA